AUGGCGAUUGCUUUGGCUGAGGCGGAUAAGUAUGAGAUCUUGGAGAAGAUUGGUUGCGGCUCCUUCGGUAUCAUUCGCAAGGUCAAGCGGAAAUCGGAUGGAUUCAUCCUAUGCCGGAAAGAGAUCAACUACAUCAAAAUGUCCGCGAAAGAGCGCGAACAGCUGACGGCCGAAUUCAACAUCCUAAGCUCCCUCCGACACGCCAACAUCGUUGCCUACUACCAUCGCGAACACUUGAAAGCUAGCCAGGAUCUUUACCUUUACAUGGAAUACUGCGGUGGUGGAGACUUGAGCAUGGUGAUCAAAAAUCUCAAGAAGGCCAACAAGUACGCGGAGGAGGAUUUCGUUUGGCGAAUCCUGUCCCAACUGGUCACGGCUCUUUUCCGUUGUCACUAUGGCUCCGACCCUGCCGAGGUUGGAUCAAACAUUCUUGGUGCUCCCCCCAAACCGUCUGGUCUGAAGGGCAAGCAAGGACAAGUCACCAUCCUGCAUCGUGACCUCAAACCCGAAAACAUCUUCCUUGGCAGCGAUAACACCGUAAAGCUUGGUGACUUUGGAUUGUCGAAGCAAAUGCAGUCGCAUGAUUUUGCAUCCACGUAUGUUGGCACGCCUUUCUAUAUGUCCCCCGAGAUCUGUGCGGCGGAGAAGUACACACUUCGGUCCGAUAUCUGGGCGGUCGGAUGUAUCAUGUAUGAACUAUGCGCAAAGGAGCCCCCCUUCAAUGCCCGCACCCAUAUCCAACUGGUUCAAAAAAUCCGCGAAGGAAAAUUCGCCCCUCUCCCCGAUUAUUACUCUCCCGAGUUGAAGAGCGUCAUUGCAAGCUGCUUGCGCGUUAAUCCGGACCACCGCCCGGACACCGCCGCGCUCAUCAACCUUCCCAUCAUUCGUCUCAUGCGAAAGGAGAAGGAGGUUGUAGAUCUUGGCCGCACCUUGCGCAGACGUGAAGAUGUCGCCGUUCAAAAGGUCCGCGAGAUGGAGCAGAACAUAUCCAAGAUGGAAAAGGAGAAGCAACAGAUCAAGGCUGAGAUGGAAAGCACACUUCGUCGCGAGUGGGAAGUGAGGGCACGAUUGGAGAUUGAUAAACAGGUUCAGAUAGAACUGAGCCAACUUCGCAAGCGGUUUGAGUCCGAGGUUCAAAGUCGAGUCGCAGUGGAGUUGGAAAAGGAGAAGAGCAAGCGAAACAGCAACAAUCGGGACAUCUUUCGUACAAGCACACAAGGCUCGAGCUCGUCUUCGUCAUCUCGGAAUAGCGGCCGAGGAUCUCGCUCGUCUGGUAACAGCACGGAUGAAAAUGACGCUCCUACCACCGAUAUCAUUCCGGUGAUGCCCGAGUCACCCACCUCCAAUGGUCGGAAGAAGCCUAAGAAGGAAGCUCGCACUCCCUUCUGCCGCUCGAAGACCGUUGUCGACUCCCCCCAGGAUGUGCAAAUGGCCGAGCCCUCCCCCAUCUCGAUCGCAUCCCUCUCCUUAUCUCCUCGUCGUACCUCCGGUACGGGCCCUGGCCGUAAUAUCUUCGCUGAAGCCGAGCGUAACAAGGCCAAGUGGGAACCUACAUUAGCCUACUCCGAUGACGAAGACGAUACCCCCGAUCUACCAUCCCCUACUCGUCCCAAGGUGAAGCCGGAUCCAUUCAAGGCAGCUCCACGACCUCUCCUCCGCCAAAACACCGCCGCUCUCAUGCAAAAACUCAGCACUCAACCCCCUCUAUUCCCGUCCAAUGGUUCUCGUCUUCCCCAAAUGUCAGGUGGACCCACCUCCUCACAGUCCGAAGCUCGCAGCAUGAGCGACAGUCGGUCUCGAUCCAAGUCUCCCCACCGUCGUCUUUCCAAGAUCCCCUCGUCCGCCAACCUUGCCGCAGACGCAUCUCCGACCCGCAAGAACAGCACAAAGUCAAGCCCUACCAAGCCUACUGGUGGCGAGGAGAUGUUCAAGGCCGUAAUGCAGCGUAACAUGGGUGGUCGUACUCUAGUCGAACUCGCCCAGGCCCGCGCAGGUGGUCGUCCUAUGGACGAAAUGAAGCGAUGUGCUAGCGACUCGCGUGCCCCUACUAUCACAUCAAGCUUGCAGUGUUCUGCGCGUGAUCCCCCUGCAACAUGGGACCCCGAACGCGACGAGAUGCCCAGUCCCUUCCUGGCACGUGGAAAGAAGAUGAUCCGCAACCUGCGGUAA